AUGUUGCAGGCAGCCAUGGUUUUAUUUUCAGUCCGGAAAUCAAAAAUCAAGAGAUCAGAGAACCUAGGCUAGCUAAAUUAGGAGUUUUACCGGAGCGGGAAUCGAGGCGAGACUGUGGGAGAUGUGCUGUGCACCGAUGUGCGGGGCUGCGGCCUGCCAACCUUCGAUGUGCUGCCGACCCGCCUGUCGCCUGCCGCUGGAGCCACUGCGUCCGGCGGCGGUCCACCGCUGCUGUCCGGCCGGGAAGUGCGUGCUGUGCAGCCAGAGCAACGGGGAGCAGGGAUGCCGGCACUCCUGCACGCGCAACAGGCACAUCCUGGAGGCGCUCAGCUGCCUGUUCCGGGUCAGCCAGUUCCAGGUGCUGACCACGCUCUUCCAACUGGCCUACCACGAGAGCAAGCCCCUGCCGCGCUUCCCGCGCGACCGCGUCUGGUCGGUGAUGGAGAACGUGAAGGCGCCGUACACGGAGCUGCACGACCUGAGGAUCUACGACAGCCUCUACGACCGCUGCGGCCAGCCCAUCGAUCCGCUGGACCGCACCAAUGCCUACAAGCUGCUGCGCCUGAUCUUCCUGGGGCCGGUGCUAGUUCCGGAGCAGCGAGCCCGGCUCCUAACCAUGCUGCACCGACUGAACGCCCGGGCCGCCUGCCCCGUGGACCUCGACGCACUGCUGACGGCUUUGGAGAAGGUGCAGCUGGAGGAGCUGGUGUGCGGCAUCCUGGAGCAGGACGGACGGGUCAAGCGGUUCCACAGCGCCCGGCAGUGCCUGGAGCUGUGCAACCUCUACCACAAGGUGGCCGCCACGGACAAGAAUGCGGUGAUCCACCAGCGCCGCCGGCUCAGGGCACAGGACAAGGGCAAGAACGCGGAUGCACAGAAGAAGCCGCUGCGGAAGACCGUCACCAUGCAGAUGUACUGCACCCGCCGCGUGCCGGAGACCGAGGAUCCGGGCAACCGGGUGGAGAGCAGCACACCCGUCCUCCGCAGCACGGCCAGCUCACUGCGGCGCCCCUCCAAUACUCCAAAGAGCGCGAUGGCGGGCCCUCGGACCAGCGACACUGCCUCGGCCAAGGGAUCCCGCCGAUCCUCGCGCAACUCCACGGGCUCUCCGAAGAGGAACAAGACGGAGCUGCCCAAUGUGGGAGUGCGGAUGCAGGGCGGCGUCCGCCGGAGGAACAAGUCAAGUCCGUACACCAAGUAGUUCCUCGAUUUUUGGGUCUCCCUAUUAGUCCGUCUUUCAUCUCGGUCCAUCAAAAUUUAACAAAUUCUUUGUCUUAUUUUGGCACCUUUCUGGUAAUGAUUACC